UGCAAUUCAAAGUUAGGCAUUUCUCUGGAUUUCGUCCAAUCAAGUUGAUGAGAUCACUUUUACAAUCUACUUCGGGCUUCACUGAGUUUGUAGGAAAACUUUGCGAUAGGUCUAGGCCUCAGCAUGCCCGAUUUUUUACGUGCUUGUGUGAGACCGGUGUUCGUGGACAUUUUAAACUCAAACUUUUUUGCUAUCCUCAAAGACUGUAUUUUGAUGUAAUACGGAAAAUAUCGGAAUGUGUCGUACCCUACAAAGUCGAAGGCUACUCUUCUAAACCAGUCUGUGGAGAGGAGAAAAUUUUGGUGUCUCUUUCCGAGGCUAUCAUACCUCAGGGCACAGACCAGAAAAAUGCCCUGCAGUUUGUGAGAUUCCACGAGAACAAAGUUUAUUACACUGGUGGUGAAGUUUGCUUAGGAAGUGAGAAUGUUCCAGGAGUGAAGUUUUGCGACCAAAAUCAGGAACUUUUGUGCAACAUUAUCAUGGUAUUAGCGUUUCAAGUUUCUAUUCCUGUCACCUCUGACUUUGAAGAAGGAAGUGGUAUUUCCUCCCAAAGUGUGAAACAUUCAAUUGUAAAGCGUCCAAAUUCAAGAUCAUCAUCAUGCAGCCCUGUUGCAUCCCCUAGGAAGAGGAGACGCCAAUCUGCAGAUAUCUAUGUGGUUAAAGAUGAUGAACCAUCAGAUGAGGAGUUGGAAUAUCUGUCCAGGGAACUUGCAGAAAAAUGGAAGACAUUAGGAAGACGCCUGGGAUUCAACGAAGCUGCAAUAGAUGACUUUGAUCAAGCCAAUAAGAAGCUGAAAGAGAAGGCUUAUAAAAUGUUAAUGGCUUGGAAACAAAAAGUAGGCUCCGAAGCCACUUACAAAGUUUUGUACGAUACCUUGUGUCACGAAUUGGUGGAAUGUAAACAUCUAGCAGAGCAGUAUUGUUGCGAUAAGAUUGUAGGAAAUGCCUCUCCUUAGUCAUAUACUAUAGAGACUGAAUCAUUUCUGUAUUACGUCAAAUAUCUUUGUGAGUACUCUAAAGAGCGUCUGUGUCGAGCAUUCGCGCCCAGUAGGUCGUUUGUUUUCCUUGCGAUUCAACAUAGGAGAAAAAUUAUCUCUAAAGAAAACAUAUUUACUCGUAUUUUUGCACUCAAGAGCCGCUAGCUAAAGAAAGCUAAGGUCGGAAUUCACUCAGACCUCCAGAACGAAAAAAACGGAAAACGAAUUUGAGUCGUUUGCACGUUCGAUUUUCUAUGCUAUAGAUUCUAAGCGUUUUUCCUUGCUGAUUUUUUUUUUUAACAGAAUAACUUCCAGAAUAACUUCCAAAAACUUUGUACAUCCCCUAGAUAUUUUCAAAAUUUAAUUUUCUUCUUAAAAACACUGGAAAUAGGAAAAUGCCUUGGUUUUAAAUGCCAGCCCUAUUUUUCGCCGCAAAUUUCGCUGAAUUUUAACCUCGAGCGCUUGAGCCCGUGUUAUUGGCCGUAUAACUGUGAUGUCGCAUUUCGUUAUUUAGCUCUGUCGUCCAGAACAUGUGAAGCACAUUACUACCCUCAAGCAUCUUAUUUCAUACUUCACAGCUUGAAAUUAGAAUGCAUUUUCUCCUCACCGUUCUCUGUGCAUUUCCUAAGGAACAGACAAAGAGAAUUGGUUUAACAGUUAAGAGCUUCUUAAGUUAGUGAUCAGUUACUAUAUUCUCGUGUUCUUAAUUUUUGAUUUAGGUUGACACUGUAAGGAAAAAUUAGAUGCUAGACACUAUUUGAGUUGAAUUAAUCGUUUGUGGUUAGCUUGAAUUAACAGCGUAAUUUUGUAUAGAGCGAGAUUCCCCUUGUCUCAGUGUGGUGGAUAAGUAUAAAACGUGUAACGGCCUUAGAUUAUAAAACUUGUAGAUGCCGAGCUACCUUUUUGUUCUUAAAAAGUGUGAAAGUUCAGCAAAAAUCAAAUACAAAAUGUUUCU